AUGAGGCAAUCAUCAGAAACUGCUGCAUUGAUGACGCACUACCGAGAAGGCGCCCAAUUAGUCGUCAACGAUAGCACUACCGACUUCUACCAUGAUGCCAUUUAUGUAACGCGUCCAAGAUUUCAACUUCUAGAGCAGGAGAUACAUAAACCAGACGGGGCAUCAGCGCAGCAUACUAGCAUUUUCUAA